GGGGCGGGCCGCGCACGCGCAGUGAUGCGCCGCGCCGCGCGGGCUCUUCCCGUCAUGGCCGCCGCCGGUACCGGGAGCGGGGCCGGGCUCAAGCGGCCUCGGCCCGGCCCCGCGCCGCGCAUCGGCACCCACGACGGCACCUUCCACUGCGACGAGGUGCUGGCGUGCUGCCUGCUGCGCCUGCUGCCCCGAUACCGGGACGCGGAGGUGGUGCGCACCCGGGACCCCGAGCUCCUGGCCGAGUGCGACGUGGUGGUGGACGUUGGGGGCGAGUACGACCCCGAGAGGCACCGCUACGACCAUCACCAGAGGUCCUUCGCCCAGUCCAUGCACAGCCUCCAGCCCAGCAAGCCCUGGACCACGAAGCUGAGCAGCGCCGGCUUGGUUUACUGCCACUUCGGCACCCAAAUCCUCGCCAACCUCCUGGGGCAGCCGGAGGACGGCCCCGUGGUGACGGCGCUCUACGAUAAGCUCUACGAGAAUUUCGUGGAGGAGAUCGACGCCGUCGACAACGGCGUGGCGCAGACGGACGGGGAGCCCCGCUACGCCCUCACCACCCACCUCAGCGCCCGCGUGGGCCGCCUGAACCCCCGCUGGAACGACCCCGACCAGGACACCGAGGCGGGGUUCAGGCGGGCGCUGGAGCUGGUCGGGGGCGAGUUCCUGGACAGGCUGGACUACUACCACCGCGCCUGGCUGCCCGCGCGGGCGCUUGUGGAGGAGGCCAUCCGGCGGCGCUUUGAGGUGGACGCGAGCGGGGUGCUGCUGGAGCUCCCGCAGGGCGGCUGCCCCUGGAAGGAGCACCUCUUCGGCCUGGAGGAGGAGCUGGACCUGCCCGACCCCCUGCAGCUGGUGCUGUUCCCCGACCGCGGCGGGCAGUGGCGGGUGCAGAGCGUCCCGGCGGGGCCGCACACCUUCGAGAGCCGCCUUCCCCUCCCCGAGCCGUGGCGGGGGAUCCGCGACGAGGCGCUGUCGCAGCUCGCCGGCGUCCCCGGCUGCGUCUUCGUGCACGCCAGCGGCUUCAUCGGCGGCAACCGCACGCGGGACGGGGCGCUGGAGAUGGCCCGCAGGACGCUGGCGCUGCGGCGAGGGGCAGGAGAGCAAAGCGGAUGAGUUCCCCGGCAGGGGGCACCCCGAAAAGAACCCCCCCCCCCCCGCCCCGGACUGCCGCGGGGGCAGAGCGGGGUCGCAGCCGGACGCUGAAGCAGCGGCGCUGGGGUUUUACUGGUCCCAGUUACGGCGUUGGAUUGGUGCGAGCGCAGGGACCUGACCGAGAGGAUUUUAGGAUCCAGCGCUCCGAAGCUUGCCCCCAUUCCUGUUACGCACCUGCUGCCCACGGGUUCCCAGCCCCAGCCCCAGUAAAAACCAGUGCGGUCCCA